UUUUUCGACGUUUCUAUUGUUGAUUUGUCGUCGUCGUCGUCGUCGUUGUCGUCGUUGUUGUUGUCGCUAUCGCUCUCUAUCUCUCUCGCGCAUAUAUAUAUAUGGAGUUCACCGUACUACAAUCGCCCACUACUGCUACCACCGCACCAUUUGAAUUGUCCCACUACCGUCCGCUGAUGCAAUCGGAUUUAGAGCAAUGGCGAGCUGGGUGUCUUUAUUUUGACAAUCAAGACUAUGAUUCUGCCUUGCGAACGUUUAUGAGAAUAGGAGAUAACGCACGAAUGCACUUUAAUAUUGGAUUGAUUUUUGGUGUCCUUCAAGACUAUCGUCGAUCUGUUGCCGCGUUUAAGAAAUCGCUGGAAAUGGAUCCAUUUUUUGCCGUGGCAUGCUUUCAGCGCGGCGUAGCUCAUUUUGCUUUAGGCGACCUUGUUAAAGCAUAUGAAGACUUUGAUCAAGCUCACAAGGUGAGCAUCACCAGAAUCCAUUAUGUUACAAACUACACUUACAAGAGCAGCGUGUAUCUAAUAACUAAAACUAUAUGCUUUCAUAAGAAACUUCGGGGCAAUCCAAUCAUCAACUAUCAUCAACUUGGCCUGUCCUUUCGGCUCUACGAAUGCGAGGUGCUCUUCAAUCGGGGCAUCUGUCAACUCUACCUAGGACGCAUUGAUGCGGGGCUGACCGACUUGUACUUUUCCCAAAAAGCCAAACUGACAGAAGAGCAUGAGAUAAUCGACCAGGCCGUGCGCGAUCGGGGGAGAAACUACUCCGUGUACUCCAUUCCACCUGGUGCGCUGUUCCGCCCGUCUGAAAAGAAGAUGGAGCAGAUGCGGCAGUUUCAAGUGGAUUACAAUCAAGGCGGCGACAGUGGUGGGUACUAUGAUGAAGGCGGCAAUGGCACUGGUGGCGGUAAGCGACAGAAUUCGGUCUUGUUGCCACCAUCAGCUCCUUGGAUGCAGGAAGUUGCAAGGACGGAUGCAACAUUUUUGGCAGUACCGCAACCACAACUGCCUCUUCAGCCCAUUGUGGCUCAAGUUCUCGAACAGCAGCAGCAGCAACAACAACAACAACAAAGACCACCGAGCCCGGAAGAAUUAGAUCCAUUCAUGUUUGACCCUGUUCAGUUGAAACAACAACAUCCGCCUCCGUUUAUCCAGACAACAACGCCCACCAAACAACAACAAAAGAAAAAAACAUACGACCCAGAGAAUGCAUGGAAGGUCGUGGAUCGACGGGCAACUCUGAAAAAGGACGAGUCAUCAGCACGCCGACUGCACCGCCCCACGACCCAAGACGAAAAUUAUUCGCCAAUAACAGCAAUGAUGGUGUCUCCUGUUAUCGCUUCUUCCGAUCGUAACAACAACAACAACAACAAUGCCUUCCCUAUACCCGCCGCACAGGACAACCAAGCCGAUUACACCGGUACCCUGGAUACCAUGAGUUACUAUGGUGACGAUCUGGAUGAAGAGCUUGACCGCGUGUAUGCAUCCCUGAAUGCAUAUUUGACAACAAACAGCAAAGACAACAACAGCAAAAGAAGCGGCGAAGCACGAGCAGCAGCAGCACCGAUAAAAUCGCCACCAGUACCAGCACUAGCACACCCACCACCACCACCACCAUCGCAACCAUCAUCAUAUCCUCAUCUAAUAUCCAAUAAUAGCAAGCCAAAGAAAAAGAACAUUUACAAACACAUUUCACAACAGCCAUCGUCACCGGACGCCAAGAUAAAGAUCAAGGUGCACUACCACGACACACGGAUCCUGCUAGUGCCGAGCGAUAUUUUGUUCACCGAACUGCUGACACGCGUUCGAGCUAAAUUUAACGUUGUCGCGUCUCAAGACCUGCGGCUCCAGUACAAGGACGAAGAGAACGUCAUGGUCCUCAUGAUAGACCAGGAUGAUCUAAAUAUGGCACGGUAUCUGAGCCGCUCACGCAAUGCCGCGACAUCGAAACAUCCCACAUUGGAAAAAUUGGAGUUGUGGUGUAUUUCCACCUCAUCCUCUGCUACCACUCCAUCCUACUUAUCAUAGCAUUUAUUAUUUCUUACAUGUCUGGCAUAUCUUUUUUUUUUCUUUGCAUAAUCUCUAUUACUAAACAUUCGUUGGGAAGAGGGGAGCAAGAGGUCGAUAUCACUUGACCAGUCCCUUAAAGAGAAAAAAACAAAACCUUAUUAUUUUUUUCGUUUCUGUGUACAGUCCUGUUUUUUUAACCCAUUUUCAAACAUUUUUUGUUCCCCAAACAGGAAAAUAAAACUGCUUAUGGGACGUCUAAAAACACACACACAUCAACC